AUGGUCUUGCUACGGAACAUAGCGCUCGUCGCGCUCGCCCUGAGCAACGGAGUUACUGCGUCGAACGCAGCUUAUUUCAAGAGAGCGCCUGCAGCUAUCAAAGCAGAUUCGUCCACCACUGCCGUCGCUACGACGACUGCGACCAGUGGAACGCCCAAGUCUACGGCUGCGAGCGCCGGUGAAUCUUCAGUGACCACCUCCAGCUCCUCCAGCUCCUCGAGUUCGUCUAGUUCUACAGAGUCUCCAAAGCCAACGCCCACAGAUGAUGCGGAAAACCCUACCGGAACAGGAGAGUCGGCGCCAAUGGAGACGGGCAAGCGACCCGAGGAGGCUGGGACAUGCAAUUCUGAGAAGGACGUUUCCAUCAAGCCGUUCUGCUCGCCCAAGGACAACGCUGAAGUCUACGUUGGCGACAACUACUAUGUGACAUGGGUUACCACCCUGCUCGACCCCAACGCUACAGUCAAAGUUGGUAUGGACUACGUCAACGUCACCGCCAAUGAGGGAAGGUCCGCGUUCCUCUCCCGCGACAUUCCCAACAACCACAGCUACGUCCGUGUCAACAUGAAUGGCGAUUGGCUCAAAGGCAGCCAGCGCAACAACCUGACCAUUUUCCUGGACGAGUUUCCCCCAGGCAAAGAAAAGAUACACCACCCCGGCCCUACCAUCUCCCUCAUCAAGAAGCCGGUAGCCCCGUACCCACCACCUCCACCAACACCUGCACCCCAGCCUCUAGGACUUCUUAUCGGCCUACCUCUUGGUCUUGGCGCUGUGGCCCUGAUCCUCGUCGGCCUAUGCAUUGGUAUGAGAAAGCACCGUCAUAUAGGGCUGAGCAACAUCAUGGGCAGACGCAACAAGGGUUACGGAGGAAGGAGUGCAAGAGCCAUGAGAAGCGGUCGUGGAGCCGGUGGAUCGAUCAGACUGGAUGACAUGGAAGAUAACGGACAACAGUACUCUGAUCAUCCAGAGCGACUUCCUUCGCGUGAACACAUGGUGUCGGACACGGAAGCUUUCAACGAUGUCCAGAGACGCGAGGGAAAUGCCUUUAGGCAGGAAUUGGCACGUUUGAAGAAUUGGAAAUGA